AAUCGGUUAAUUUUGAUCAGUUCAGUUUCCGAAUUUACUUGACGUGAGAACUGAAGUCGGUGGCGUGUUACAACUAUGAGCAACCGGGCAAAUCGUCGCUAUUCUCUCGCAGCCAACGCCCUUCCCCUUCAAAGUGUUACUCCCCCCAGUCGCAACAUAGCUAACUCCCCCUCCCCCACGCCCUCUCCUUUCCCCUGCCAGAACAGCAAUGACGUCAUAGGAGGUGGGGUUGCAUCUUCGUCUCUGUCGCCAUCAAGUUUGAUUUCUUCUUUGGGCGGGAUGGCCCAGAGGCGAUUGAGUUACUUUGAUGUGAGUUCGGUCACAGGUGUGCAAGGGGACAACAAACAGGCUCCCCCGUUCCAAAUUCCAAAGAAGAGGGGAUCGCUGGGACCAUCAGCACUAAGUCCAGUAACUUCUCGCGUGGCAAGUGACACUUCGCAAAUCAGUAGUCGUCGCAUGUCUGUGUCGCCCUCUCCAAGCAGCCACGGGGUAGGCAGUGGUGGACCAAUGUCCCCUGCCUCCCUCCACAACCCCGCCUACCAACUCCCUCUCGACAGCAGUGCAUCCAACUCCCCGCCUGCCCAAUCGGUCAACUGUUCAGUUACUGAAGAGAACUCCAAAUACGAAGGAAGAAAUGCUCAACUUGCGAAAAUUAUAUCAAAAACCAACACAAAAGAUCGUGGUAUGUUGGAGUUCUCAGUGACCUAUGACGCUGAUGCUUUCACCCUGCAGAUAGCCCUACAUCGGGCCAUAGACCUGCCCCCAAUGGACGUGAAUGGACUGGCAGACCCCUAUGUCAAGCUGCACCUCCUCCCCGAUUCGUCCAAAGGUCAGCUAGCAACGAAAAAAAGGUCCCACACCAAAUCCAAGACACUGAACCCAGUUUGGAACGAGUUCUUCGCGUACCACGGAGUCGCGCCCGAGGAGACUUUGACGAAAGUGCUUCGGCUCUCGGUUUUUGAGUUCGGACAGAACGAGUUCAUCGGGGAAGCGAGACUUGAGUUGUCGCAACUGAAGUCUCGCGUAACGCAGAGGUUUGAAGUACCUCUCCAAAAACAACUUGCUGAAAUAGUGCCUAAGCUUGACGUGGAAGAUGAGUUGUCCACUGGUGAUGGGGUGGGCAAAAUCCUGAUUGGGGUCAUGUACAUGUUCAAAGCACAGUGUCUAGUGGUCACUAUCAAGAGGUGUGCCCAGUUGAAGAGUAUGGACAACAAUGGAUACAGUGAUCCAUACGCCAAAGUGUAUUUGCGACCAGAUGUGUGCAAGGAGAGCAAGCGGAAGACGAACGUCGUCAAAAAGAGCCUCAAUCCAGACUUCAACGAGGUAGACCUGGUUUUUAGUCCAUUAGGGUUCCAGUUUGGUGCUUAA